CUCGAGGAGACUUUACAGUCAAUUGGAGUAGAAACGUAUGAUGACUUCCAGUUCAUUGUUGAGAAAGACUUGCUGUCAGCAUUAAGACCAAUUCAAGCCAGAAAGGCACUUGCUGCUUGGAAAUUAAGAUGCAGGACCCCUGAAACCAGCAGGUCCUCAASUAAUGCAUCACGAGAUACUYCUCCAUCACAGCAGUCUUUGUCCCCGCUAAGUGUGUCAUCAAACUCCUCCAGCAGCAACCAGACAUCUGCAGCAGACUGGGUGGACACCUUUGAGAUACCAUGGGAAAAGUUCUCAGAAGAACUGAUGCAGGCAUUAGAGAGAKGUAAACGRCCAAGUCCAAAAAUGAGGAAGGAGAUGGUCAGGAUUGUGGUGUCUGAAAUGAUGCGAAAAAGUUCUUACUUGGGUAAAAGGAGUUCUACAGAGGUUGYAAAGAAGAUKGUGGCAAAAUAUCCAAAAUCUCUACAAGAYGUUAUCGAUGGAGAUGUCAUUGGCCCUGGCUAUCAUUCACUCGUCAAACAACUUCAAUAUCGAAUUGACAAUGCRAAGCGAUCUACAAUGCCUAMAAUAAGAAAGCGAAAGCGCUGCUCUGAAAACUCUGACACAGAUGAAAUUCCUCAGGAACAGAGAGCUGCAAUUCAGGACACCUAUGGGUGUAUYAACUGGAAUGUCAAAUUUCUUCCUCUUKGAGAAACUGCUGAAAGUCAGCAACAGAAGAAGGACAAGCUCAAGAUGAUGUCUCUGCAGAAGGAGGCCAAUCCUGAGGAGAUGAAACAAUUACUGAGGGCAACUUUCUACUCACAGCGCAAAGAUAUUAACCAGGGGAAAAGCAUUCAAGAUGUCUUGGAAGCCUGGCCUGUUUUAUUUCAUGACAUUGGGAUGGCUGUACACUACAAGGAACUUACUGGACUUGGAUUGAAGGRAACCUUCAUGAGGAACAUGGAUAUGAAGGGAAAAAGACUGCUGAACUACAUGAACACUGUUUGUGUGAACAAAAACAAAAGGUUUUUCCAGGCUCAGACAAAGUUGAAGAUGUUAAGGGGAGAACUGGACGAUUACUCUGAAGAUGUUAAAGAGUUGAUGCUCUUACUUCUCUGCUACUUCAAUGAAAAUGAAGAAGCAGUGUUCUUCUGUGUGGAGGACACAUGCCUAGCUGAAGAAGUACAGAUGGAGAAUGUCUCCUUGACUCCCACUAUCAUUGUGUGUGGUGAGUUCAUUUWUGUUUUUCCAGUUUCUUUGACCUGUUGUCUUUUUUGUUGUCUUGUCCCCUUUCUUUGCACUUUUGUCCAUCUGACAUUUUCUUUAAUAGUUUUUUUUUAUUCCAAUUAUUUUCUUAAGCUUUUACUAUACUAAUAUUAUUUUUCGUACUUUUUACUUAAUUUGUUAUUUUUCAUAUAAAUGUCAUUGUUUUGUUGUAUCAGGAGUCUAAAUGUAUUUGUUCUUUCUC